AUGCCUGCCUUAACGUUACACCUUCUCGCAUUCAAAGAUCAUAGCGACGAUGCAAAAGCAUUCGUCGCCAAACUCCGCAGCUACACAUCCGUCAAAGUAGUAGUAGCUUCACGACCACGAUACGUCGUCGUCCGACCAACAUUCCUGGACAUAGAUCCAUUAUUGAUGCAAAAAUGGGACCUGGUGCUUCUCCUACAGCCGACCGAACAGAACCAUCAUCAAGGAGAGUCUUCUCUAAUACCAUCUGACCUGCAAGAUGUGAUACUCGCUGAAUAUCGCAUUCUUGCUGGGAUCCCGUCAAAGUUAUUAUCGAGCUUCCCUGAGCGAGAUGCUCAGUUGAAGAAGGAAUCGCCCCCGGCGUUGACUGGGUCGUUGAGCAAGAUGCGAAGUCAGAGCAAAGAGAGCUCUCAGGCUCUUGAGAUGUCCCCUGAUCUUUUGGCGUUUAUGGAUAUGUUGUCUGCAGAGCAUGAUAAACCGGUGACAAUGCUCAAUCUACUUCAUUUCCACUAUCCGGAUGGAAAGCAGAAUUAUUUUCAAUACGGACAAGCAUUCAUCCCUGUCGCCGGGAGACGCGGAGGUAAUGCGAAAAUUGUUGGCAACGUCGUUAAAACACCUGCUCAGUCAACCUUCUUGAAUGAUUCGCGCGGCAGUCCCGAUCGACCGGAGCAGGACUGGUGGAAUGAGAUCUCUAUCGUGCAUUAUCCUUCGAUCCGGCAUUUCUGUGACAUGCUUGUGAGUGAGGAUUAUCAGGCCAUCAAUGAGAGGUAUAGACUGAAGGCUCUUCGUGACACGUUUUUGCUGUGUACUACCGAGUUUGAUGUAGAAGAGGAUUCUCGUGCGAAGCUAUAG